AUGAUCGGUGGGGUUUCUAUAACAAUCAAAGAGAGGUUGAGGAACGAUUUCCUCUCCACCUCCUUUCCUUCUCCACGUUUUCAAAGCCUCGCCCACAUGAGAUUCCACUACGGUCGUGUUGCCUUGACAUUUCUUCUUGUCGGUCCUUUCUCGAGGGCGUUCAGCAUUACUGGCCUUACACCAACCGUAACACUGGGACAGGUUGAACAACUCACAUGGUUCAGAGACGCAAAUAAUGAUCCAACGGUCUUUCAACUCGCAAAGGGGUCAGGGCUCCGAUGGAAUACGAUCGGCCCAGCGGUAUCAGUUCAGAACCAAAAAACUCAGGGUACCGUACCAGUGACCUUUGACGAUGCUCUAAGCCAAGUUAGUAUCGCUGCGUACGAUCCUUCGUCGUCGUCGUUCCAACUGUUAUUUAACGACCCCAAUCCAAUAACCAUUUUGGUGACACAACCACUGGCCCAAACCCCUCCAUCAACCGACCCACAAACCACUGCGCCAGGUAUCACGAUGGUCGCUACGUCCACAACAAGUGUACCCCCACCCUCAAAGCCGGUUCAUCCGAUACCCACAGGCCUCUCCCCUGAAUCCACAGGCAGUUCCUCUCCUAUAACCACAAGCGGUGGUGCACUAGCUCCAAUGUCGGCAGUUUCCAUGGGUGCUAUUACAUCCCAAGGUUCAUCAAUGACGCCAUCGGGCGAUAACAAUACUUUCCCGACCACUACUAUCGAUUCAGUGGCAACUGGAGGAAAUAAAAAUCCAAUUUCUCCCUCCGCCGGGUCCGCCCCUUCGGACGCACUCCAGUCACACUCACAUCCAAACGUCGGUGUUGUUGCUGGGGGCGUGGUGGGUGGCGUGCUUACCAUGCUUGUGAUCGCCACAUUUGUGAUUUACAUCUUGAAGCGAAGGAAGAAAAAGAUGAAUUAUACUCUCGAUCAAACCCCCUAUUUGGAUACUUCCGGUUCCGAUGCGUCUGACAUGGAUAUUAGGGAACGGAAGAUGCAGUUGCUCGGACAAAGGGAACACCUUGAACGUGAAUUGGAGGCGUACGAACAAGCAUCCCAAAACCUGAGCUCAGGAACUGGUGCCGUUCCCGAUGGUAUCAAUGGAUCAAAUCAGGAUGAUAUCGCGCAAGUAUUACGUCGUAUGGAAGUUUUAACACAGAGGAUAGCAACUUUGGAAGAAGGAAUGGCACCACCUGAUUACAGCUCUGGCACCGCUUGA